AUGUUGAGCUUCAAGAGCAUCGCUGGGUUCCUGAAGAAGGUGGGCGGUACGCGCGAGGAUCACAGCAAAGAGGGCCAUCAGAGAGGUGGCGCCGAUGGAAGUCAUGCUGGGGCGGGCAGCAGCGGCAGCGCAUCCGCUUUUGCAGCCGGCUCAGCAGCGACCGGUGGCGCAGGUGAUAGUGCACAUCACCGCUCAUACAUAGGAAGCAGCCGCACUGCCUUCACAGGCGGCGCAGGUGCGGUGGCGGCGUCGCACCAUGGGGACGUGGCUCACGAUCCGCACUUGAGCGACUUCCCCACAUCAGGGAUGCCGUCUACCUUUGGUGACAACGUGAUGUUCGCGUCCUCGCACAUUCUGAGAGGGCUCCCACCGAACACAAGCAUGCAAGACGUGUUGCUGCAUAUUCGAUGUGUCGUGCAGGAGCGCAGCGAGCAGCUGCAGCAAGAGGAGCGAGAGGAGCAAGAGCGCCCCUCAACCUUAUGGCAGCGCGGCCUCAGUGAUGGCAGCAUCGCUGCUGGUGAGAACACCACCGCGGCAGGGGCACAGAGGCGAAGGAGCGCUUCGUUUACAUCCGUGGCCGCCACCAAUGGCGCCGAAGCGCGCGCGGCUCCAUGUGAGAGCGCCAGCCCUCCGGCCUCUCUGAAGGGAAAAGCAGAGAAAGGGGCUGCGGGAGUGACUCGUGAGCACGUGCAGCGGCUACAAAAGAUGCGAGCCGAGAUGAUCGAUGCGCUGGAUGUGUGCUUGCAGGAAGUUCCGGAGGACCCGCGCACGUGGGGCGGCAGUAGCAGCGCCGGUUUUUCCGAGGACGAGCGUGCGCGGAACGGCAAGACUGGCGCAGAUGCGCAAAAGCAGCAGGAGCGCUCCAAUGGCACGCCGGACACCGCGGCAGACAGCAGCGGCGACGUAUUACUCGAGGGCAUGAGGACGGAGUCGGAGCUCGACGCAUCGCGACAGGAGUCAUCCAUUGCCGCUACCCUACUGGGCGCAGCGGAGCCGUCACCCGGGAUAGCGCAGGAGCCUUUGGCGCCUGCUGACUUUGGCCACUACGAGUGGCGGCGGCUUCUCAUGGAUAUCAUCAACGUAUUGGUGCGCAUUGACCGAGCUCUACUCCACGAUGCACGUCUCCGCGCACUCGAACGGCUCAUCCCUAGCACCACUGACUCUGACGGCAACGCUGGGCCGGAGUUCCGGUGGGAGAAUCUCUCGCAAGUCCUCCUCACUCCUGGUGUCUUAGGGUCCCCCUUUAGCGCCGCAGAUGCAGCGGCGAGUGGUUCACGUCGAAGUCAGUUCCCCCUCACACCCACCCGCGGUCCUCAGCGACACCCACCGCACGGAGACGCGGCGCCGUUGAACUCGCCUCUUCCUAAUCGGAAUGCGGACACUGCCGCGUUGGCAGGAAUAGCAACUCCGCGUGAGAGGGCCGUCACACCAGUGACCACCACCACCACCACCACCGCUGCCAGAGCGGGCUCCACCUCCUCACCCUUUGGCAAGGCCAAGCGAGCGCUGGUGGAUAGCGGCGUCGUGUCGCCCGAGUCGCCAACGGACCUCUUCAUCACGAAGGAGGACAAGAAGAUGCUGGAGGAGCUCCUCACCAUCGCGUGCUCCCUUGCCAGCUGGGCGAUCGUCAAGGCGAUCUUGCGCCAUCACCUGCACGUACUGGAGCAGCGACAGAGCCGCGGCAGCUUCACAUCCUUGGCCAAGGCAGCCAUCACCACCACGGUUAGCGUGCGUAUCAGUGGGGAUAUCCCUGUGUUGGCAACAAACAUAGAAACGUCAGGGGCCGGCAACACGAACACCACCGGGCGACCGCCGCUUGCCCCUCCUGCCCCGCCUCCACCAGCGGCGAUGAAUGGUGCUGCCUGCUUCAGCGACGCUGCGGAAGGCGGUGCCGGUGCUGCAGAAACAGCAGCGACAGACGACGACCAAAGCAAGAACACGAAUCACAUUAGUGCAAUGGACGGCGUGGGUGCGAUUCCAUACAUUGACUGGGCGGCUGUCGUGCAGGAGCUGGCGGAGUGGAUCGGCGAGCAGCACUUUGUCGCGAUUGCAGAGUGCAUCCUCUGCGCGAGCUUCUUGCGCGAUGACGGGCGCGAGAUGGUGCUGUGCAUGUUGCAGACCCCGAAGCCGCGGCGGCUGCUCACAAACAUUCACCGGCACGCCGACAAGCUGCGCCGUGCUGACGUGGACUCGCUUCUCAGUUGCUCGUCGCCUCCGCGGGUGGUGACCGCAGCGACGGCGCCGGUAAGCAGCCCCACCGUUGCUGCCACAGCCUUCUCUGGAUCGGCCCCGGCAGCCACAUCCAGUACACUGACGAGUAGUGGGACUCCAUCGACGAGCAGCAGCACUGGCUCAGCGGCUGCAGCACCGCCCGCGGGCACCUCCGCAAACACCGCUCCGACGGCAGCCGCCAUGGGAGCUGCGUCUUUCCUCCCAGCCACCAAGAUAGGCGCUGCCGCCGCCCCCGCCGCGGGGCCCUCAUCGACGGCUAACACGAUUCGGACGAUGUUGGAGGAUCCCACGCUAGUGAUGGACGACCUUGUCGCGCGGCUAGAAAUGGUAUACCGCAAAGCUGUCGCGAACACGUGGGCGUCCUACCUAGAAGAUGCGAUUGAGGCGGAUGUCCAGCAGCUCUCCAUCGCUGCUGGCAACGCCGUCGACGCAGCAGGCACUCCCGCUGCGGGCGACCCCGACACGUCCCCGGCCCCAACCCCAACGACCCACCUAGUGGCGGCAGGCGAUGAGGUCUUGAAGCAGAGCACUGGCAGCGUGGCGUCACCGCAGGCGCUCCCGCGGCUGCAGCAGCUACACAUCACAGACACCAAGGCCCUCUGCCGCCUAGCCACUGCCUUCUUCUUUGGCUCUGAUGCGUGGUCAGAGAACAAGCGGGAGCGCCGCUUCGCGCUACUCUUUCGUAGCAUGCGUGGAAGGAUGGAGCGGUACAGCGAGUCCGCCGCGACGCGGCGGCACUUGCGUCGCGGCACGAUCUGUGCCGCCUCCAUGACGCACACAGUUGCAUCUGCACCCGCGGCAAGCUCUCUCGAUUCUCACCCCCUCGUCGAGCUCGCCAUGGCUGGAGCUGCCGCGGCAACAACCGCGCCAAGCAGCAGAGGCGCCUCGCAAUCGCAGAGCCUCACAAUCCCACCUCAGAUUAGCACAGCCGCCGCCCCCGUUUCCAGUGCUUCGGCGGGCCUGACGCCGUCAAAGUUUAGCGUGGAGGACACGUCCGCAAGACCGUCGCCGUCUGGAGGGUGCCCGUCAGCCGCGUUGCUCGCGGCUGGGGUCGGCACUUCCGCCUUGGCGAAUCGUGGUGUGGCGCCGUCGAGCCAGUGGGUUGCACACCAGCUUCUUUCAUCGAAUGCGAGCACCGCUGCCAUCUCGACCCACAGCACGCCGCUUACCACCUCGCUCCUUGUCAGCCGCGACGGGACCAACGAUAUGGAGGGGAUGGUGUCGGGAGCAGGGGGGCCCAUCAAUGGGUGUAGUCUCUUUACUGUGGGGCACACGGAUCGGACAACGACAUGGACACCAUUUGCCUUCGCGAUGACCUCCUCAGAGCCUAUGACCCCGCCGCCGGAACUGCACCACCCGAGCGCCAGCACCACGAACCAGAGAGGCGCCGAAGACGGACAUCAGGAGGCGGGCGAGGACAACGUUGGCAGACGCGCCAUGGAGUCGAGUGCCUUGUCCAUGCCGACGGUCACCCUGCAGGGGCCUUCCACUCUUGCUCAGCCCGCAGCCUCCAAGGGCGGGGACAGCGCACUGGAGUCCUUGGUGCUGGAGCGAAUUGUGAACAUGUCUUGGUCGGCGGCGCUGCACAAGCGGGGCGAGCAGUGCUUGACUGCGAAGCCGCCACGCCUAGAGGAAGCGGAGCAGGACGCGCUGGAGGAGCGCCUCGUCGCAAGCGCCUUUGGUGAGUUCCGUGCGCGCCAGCGCGCCAUUGUCUCCCUCAUCAACGCACGUUUGGCGUCGGGCAAGUCGGUGGAGGCGCUGACGAACGCGCAGAAGCACUUCAAGUUCGAGAAGAAAGACUGGACAAGCCACAAUCAAACAAUCUUCUCCGCAAUGCGAUACCUGCAAUCAAUGGUGUUUCUCGUGCGGGCCCAAGCCGCGUGCCGCGUCUACGGCGCCGUCAUUGAAACAGUCCAGUUUGUACUGCCGCAAGCCGCCCUGUGCGAGCAGAUGCUGCAGGUGCUGGCACCUCGACCGCGAGGCGACUACAUCCUCCGCUUCGGCGACUGUCGGUCAAAGCUGCUUCGGUCGUACGUGUAUCUGCUGAAGGAGGGCUGGCUGGCGCACGCCGCCUUCAACGACUUGGCGAAGGCGGAGAAGUACUUCAUCAAAUGUGCGCAGGUGAUGCAAAUGCUGCGUCGCCGCGUGCGGGAAACGGAGUUGUUUGCCGCCUACAUGGAGCGCGGUGCGCAGUUGAUGAAGCUGAAGGAGUACAAGCAGUCGGUGGUGCUCUUUCGGUGCGCUGUGAACAUCGCCAAGAAGUCUUUGCAGGCGGCCGAUGCAGCAGCAGCAGCAGCAGCAGCGAGCGCAAACGGCGAUAGCUGCGCCUUCAGCCCAAACGCCUCUGUCGGCUCCGCUGGACCGUCGCUUGGCUCAGCUGUUACCAACAUAGAGAACGCCGUGUCUGUCGCGGCCGCCGGACUUGCCGCGAAGGCGCCACCGGCGGCGUCGCAGCAGCAGUUUCACCGCAACCUGCACCUACGCGCUGCCGGUUCCGGCAGCCUCACGACGGCCGAGGAACACAUCCCCGGUGUAACGGACGCCAUUGAGGAUGACCUGGAGCUAGUCUGGCGCGUUGCAGAGAGUGAGCGCAUGCUGGCGCUGUCCUACGUCACCCAAGCCGAACAUGAGGUGAACGUGCGAGAGCGCCGUGAGGAGCUUAGCAACGCUGUGAGCAGCGCAUACAGCUCGCAGCGGUCGCUGCAGCGGUGGCAAAGGAAGGGUGGAACACCGAAGCGGUUGCUGACCGCAGUGCCGUGCAGCCUCAUCGUUAUUUGCAAAGGGCUGCUGCUGCUGAACCAACCGCGCAAGGCCGCCCUGCUGCUCGAGCCGCUUAUCGAGAACAAGCCGAACUCGGCACUGGUGCGGCCUCCCAUGUGGGGAGAAAUCCUGCACCCGACAGAGGACCCGUACACAACAGAGGAUGUGGUCCUGCGCACGUACGUGAGCUCCGUAAAGAUCGCCGUCUUCAUGCUGUACGCGCGGUGCCUGGCGGAGUUCGAUGGUGACCGGGCCCUCCGCGCCGUCACGCUGGUUGAUCAGCUGCUCCAGGAAAGCGACGCCUGGAUCUGCACCAUCCGCACCGAGCUCCGCCGCGUGCUGGAGAACGUGAGCGCCCAGGACAAAAAGGUGGCCGACUCGCUGAACUCGCCACGAACGGCCCCGAGCAUCGAGGCACUGCGGCGCACCAGUGCUGCCUCUCCGCGUGGUGCUGCGUCGCACGGCCCGAACAGCGAGGAUGGCGAGGACAGACAAAGCUGCGGGCGACAUGGCGACGGCGCUGGCGCAGAGACCACCGCCUCCGCCUCCACUGCCGCCACGACGGUCGGCAAACACACAGCUCGCACGAUUGAGGUGCCGACUCUGCAGAUGCCGACCAGCCACUCCUCUACCGGGUCGCCCUCUCCGCUCGAUGACGACCGCCACAGCCCGGGGUGGAACUCACCGGAAGACGCGCCGCUGCGGCCGCGGCGUUCGACAACGGUGGGAACCGCAGGCGCGGCUUCCACCACCGCCGUCGAAUCCGCUUCCGCGCACGACGAACCGUCGCCGGGCGGUAGCGGCGCCGGUGGUGCCGCGAUGGAUGACGAUGACCGAAGCCGCCGCAGCACCUCCAUCCAGCUCAGUGCCGCUGGUGGCAACCGCAGCGGGACGGAUUUGUUCUCCUUGGUAAACAGCGUGAAUGCAGGCAUUUCGAGUACCACGGCGAUGCCGACCGCACACAGCAGCCACGGUCCCAGCUCCACCGCCCCACAUUUGGCACAGCUGCCGGAGAUUCGAGUACACACACAGAGCUCGAGUGAGUGCAUGACAGCACUUUUUGCCCUCCGUGAGGCCAAGUCGCACAUCCGCAAAGCGCUUCGCGGCAUCUUCAUCGUCAGCGGCGAUGCGUAUUCCCUCAUCAAGAACUGGGAGGAGGCGCUGAAGGUCUACUCGCAUGCCCUCGUCAUCACCAUGAGUGAGGUCGAAGCCGCCAGCGCGGCCGCGCAGUCGCGCCGCCGCGUCAGCCACAGCACCUCGCAAGCUCGCUUUUCGUCGCAACAGUCGUCGACGAGCCCGGUCGCCGUGGACGAUGGCGCGUCGCUGUCCGCUCCCCACGAUGUCUACGAGACUUUCGGCAACAGCGUCGGUGGUGACGUCAGUACCUCCCUGCAAGCCUGGGGCCCAGUUGUCCCCCUGGACGAGGAGUUCUUCCUGUGGGAUGAGGAGGACGUGCUCAUGUCCGACAACCUCAUCAACCGCGAGCUUACGGCGUCCACGGCAGCGAGGGAUCUGCGGGCAGUGGUGGCUGACGAGGAGCGCAUGGAUUCGCGCGCGUGCGAGAGCGUCGUGCUCAGUAAGCUGGCGAACGUGUACCGUGCCCUCGAAAAACCUGCCACGGCGAUUCACUACCACACCCUGGUCAUGGAAUACGCCAACGAGUGCCACGACAAGCUGCUGGCCUACAACUCUAUGCUGAGCCUUGCCCGGCUGUACACCGCAGCGAACAUGAGCGACAAGGCACGCGACGCGUGGGCAAAGGUGAGUGAGCUAGCAAAGGAGUACGAGGACAAGGAAGUGAGUCGGGAGACGAUGCGCAAUAUCGUGGCGGCGCAGGAAGCCGCUGGCAUGUAUAUGGACGUGGUGAAGACGGCGGAGGAGCUGGAAAAGCUGGCCACCGGCGAGGAGGGCGAAGACGCCGCCAGAGAUAGCCGAUUUGCCCUCGAGGCGCUGGCAAACGCGAACCUGCAGCUGGGCCAGUUCGACGCUUGCAUCGCCGCCCUCGACAGCCGUGAAAAGGUGCAGGAGAAGUCCGCGGAGUGGAGCGGCGCGCUGCUGAGCAUGCGCGCCAAGGCACGAAUGGGCCUGAACAAGUCGGCGGAAGCGAUCAAGGUGAUGCAGAGCUGGGCCACCAAGGCACGCAAUCUCGCCAACUGGGUGGAGCUCGGCAAGGCGAACUCGGCGCUCUCUGGAGCGUAUGCCUCGGAGAAUCACAACAUGCAGGCGCGCUAUUACCACGAGGCCACGCUGAACGCCUUUGCCCUGGCCGAGACGCUCGACAAGGAGUGCCGCCACAUUGCACUGGAGAGCGCGCGGUGGUUGGUGCACUAUGCGUACCUCAACGACACCACGGUGCAGGUCGACCCGACACUAACGUACACCGGCAGUGGGCUCACGAGCGACUCGGAGGCGAGCGGCUGUGAUUUCCACUACGCAGAGAGCGGCCUGUGCAACAUCAGCGGCGACCUUGGGGUGAUGCUUGCCAGGGAGGAAGAGCUGCACCGCACAUCCUCGAUGCUUGGAGAAAGCUGCAAGUUUGGCUUCAACGAUGACGACGAUGAUUUUGGUGGUGGUGGUUUCCUAUCGAAUCAGAGCAUGUUCGGCGUACGUCCCCCCGGGUCGUCGCUUGCCGAUGCGCCCUCGCCGAAGGGCCACGGCAUGUCGGAGAAGGAGGAACAGCGUGACCAUUACGCUGCAGCGCACAGGGAGGAGGACGGCGGCAAGGGUGCAGCCGCAGCAGCUGAGGAUAGCACACCGUCUAUGGCGUCCUCCUUCAUCUCUUCAUUCCUGGCGCCGAAGGAUUCGAGCAUGGCGACGCAGCCGCCCUCGCUAGCGUCCAGCGUUAACAUCUCAAUGCGCGGGUCCCUGCCACACCUGGACGGCGCCCUGGUCGGCGGCAACGAUCACAGCGAAGGUAGCAGCAGCGCAGGGCAGUCGGACGGCGGCGACAACGAAGCUGGCGAAGACGUGGAAGACGAAGCGCCCCGCUCUAUGGAUGUGGAAGACGUUGCAGAACACCACCAAGACCCUAAGCUGCCGGUAAGCUUCGAGGGCGAGGAGGGUGACUUAGUCAAUCUAAAGAAGCCCACACCGAAGCCAAGCCCAGCGGCACCGACGCCAACCGUCAUCACUGCGGCAGCCAAGCCUACCGUGAACACCGCGACAGUGGCCGGCAGCGGCGCAACGGUCGGCAAGUCCGCCUCCAGCAUCUACGUGCCGCCGCCAACGAGUCUCGCCAAUGUCUCUAUCUGCAGCCGCCCGGCAGCCGCCGCCGCAGGCACCGAUGUCUUGGAGCUGCCGGUAGACGCCAGCCGCUCCGCCUCCGAGCACGCGACACUCUCAGGCCCCAGCACCACCAGCUCCCCUUUGAUGGGCAGCUCCCCACGCGGAGCAGCCUUUCAAGGUGGACCAGCCGCAACCGCCAGUGGUGGGGACGAUGACGGCGUUCCAGAGCGCAAGCCCUCGACAGUGCGCACAACGUACUUUCGAGGCGCCAUUGAGAUGAUUGAGACGGCAGCUCAGCUGCUUCUCGUGCCUCGCAGCGUGCGCCACAUUGUCAUUCCGUAUAGUCCAGCGGAGGCCGUUGACUUUGCCCUGCUCGCCUAUCCGCAGUCCCUCUUCGUCUUCUACUUUGCCGAGUACACAACCGAGUACGGGGCCCAGUGUGACGUGGUUGUUCGUCCUCCGCGCGCCGCCGGCUUCAUGAAGUUGCGGGCGCAGAUAUCCCUCCAGGAGUACCACAACAAAGACGCGAUGAGCGCACUGCUGGCGUCAACCUCAGCUGAGUUUUCCAUAACGGGGGAGCACGGCAACGCUGCAGAGACUGCCGGUGCCGCCUCGUCAUCCACACACCCCUUCGGGACAGUUAUGGCGCGCGCCGCAACGGGGAGCGCAGCUGCGAGUCCACCGCUCAGCAACUCAACGCCAGACAUGCUGCGCGCUGCCUUGGAAGAAGAGACAUCGACGUGCCUGCGCAACCUCUACGUGGAUGCCUGGCAGCCCAUCGCAGAUCGCAUGCGCCGCGAGCACAUAAACUACCAAGACGCCGAGGAACUCAUUAUAAUGCCGGAUGUGUCCCUCAUGCACCUGCCUUUUGCCGGCUUCUUGCCAUCACCCAACUACGGCGACGAGGAGGCGCCACUUGGCGAGCAGUUCACGCUGAUUGUGACGCCAUGUCUGACCCACUUUGUGCACCAUGGCAUGACACAUCAGCCGCAGCGCUUGCGCAACAGGAGCGGGGCCCUGGACCCGGCCGCCAAGAAGUACAUCUUCUUGCCCUACGACGGUAGUGUCGGUGCCGGUUCCGCGGCGCCGUCUGCACCGCUCGCAAUGCCGACCUUCGCGCUGUGCGCGCCGUCGUCGUCAAGCACACGGCCGCAGCAGCAGCCGAAGACCGGCGCUGGCACGGCCGCAAAUUCUGAUACUAGUGCGCUUAUAGCCACGAUGGGCUCCGCCGCCAGCAAGGCGUCGGCGCACAGCGCUGUUGCACCGCCUGUGUCGUCUGCACACUCCCUCGCAGACUCUUUGCCCACUGGACAUCCUCUUGCUACCUCUGCGACUAUAGGCAACAUAAGUAUGCGCAGCAUCCCUGCGCCGGCUGACCCCACGUCAGCUACGCCAAGUGGUACGCCGCAGCAGAGCGAAAGAGCCGACACCUUCGACGAUUUGCUGCGCACGUGGUGUGUGCACCGCGGGUGCACACGCAAGGAACUCAUCCAGGCCUUCACGGAUGUGCGCACACGGGCACUAAUGUUCCUUGCUCCGGUCGACCAGGGGUUCAUUCGAGUCGCGGACGGGGUUGUGACAAUCCAGGAUCUAACGCAGAAUCUGCAGCAGGUGCGUGUUCAGCAGCCGGCAGCCCAUGUCGCCAACCCAGCCAGCACUGUUACCGCCUCCUCCACUGGUGCAACAGCUGCGACUUCGAAUACCACCUCGUCUGCUACGAGUGUUUCCCCUGGCACCACCGCGACAGCGGUGCCUCCCAUCACCUCAGGGGCGCCGCCGGCUCUCCCUCUGCCUCCUCUCUGCUCUCACAUUGACCUACUUGUCCUUACUGCCAACCGCAGCCAGUACCCUACGGUCAGCGACGCUGGUACAUCGGCAAAGUUGUGCAUGGCGCUCGGCGUCAACCGCGUUCUUCGACUCAACGUUCUUCAUGGCUUAUUGCCAAAUGACGAGCACUAUGCCUUCAUCUCACUUUACCUGGCCAAUCUCAAGAAAGUGAUGCGGUGGAUGCUGAAGAACCCGUACGCGGUGGCGCUUCGCACGACUAUGGCUGAGGCGCGGAGGCUGGGCAUGUCUUCCAAUACAUGGGGCGCGUUCACCCUGGUAGGUGUGCCGUGA